GAUUUAUAACGACCGGCGUUUUCGCUUUCGCACAAGGUUUAGCGUGAUUUCUUCUUGUAGGCUCUUUCGUACUUUACUCUGUGAAAUAGCGUCACAAAUUUAGUUCGAAAUGGCCAAAACUCCAGCCGUUGGAAUCGAUCUUGGUACUACCUAUUCCUGUGUAGGUGUUUUCCAACACGGAAAGGUCGAAAUUAUUGCGAACGAUCAAGGAAAUCGCACUACUCCAAGCUAUGUAGCUUUCUCUGACACAGAGCGACUCAUCGGCGAUGCCGCUAAAAAUCAGGUCGCAAUGAACCCCGAGAACACAGUUUUUGAUGCCAAGAGGCUGAUCGGCCGAAAAUUCGAUGACCCCGUUGUUGCUCGUGAUAUGACCCAUUGGCCGUUCCAUGUCAUUAGGGAAGGCGAUCGACCUAAAAUUCAAGUCGAAUUCAAAGGAGAAAAGAAAAGCUUCUUUCCCGAAGAGAUUUCGUCCAUGGUUUUGACCAAAAUGAAGGAAACGGCAGAAGCUUAUUUAGGAGCAAAAGUAACAGAUGCCGUAGUCACAGUUCCGGCCUACUUCAACGAUUCACAGCGUCAGGCUACCAAAGAUGCAGGAACCAUUGCUGGUCUCAAUGUCCUCCGCAUCAUUAACGAGCCUACAGCAGCCGCUAUCGCAUACGGAUUGGACAAGAAGGUUGGUGUAGAGAGAAACGUCCUUAUCUACGAUCUCGGUGGUGGCACCUUUGAUGUGUCUGUCCUGACAAUUGAAGAUGGCAUCUUCGAAGUCAAGUCCACUGCUGGUGACACUCACUUGGGAGGAGAGGACUUUGAUAAUAAAAUGGUUGACCACUUUGUCAAGCAGUUCAAGCAGAAAUACAAGAAAGACAUUACCCCUAACAAGCGUGCAAUGCGUCGCUUGAGAACCGCAUGUGAACGUGCCAAGAGAACGCUGUCUUCCAGCACACAGGCUAGCAUCGAAAUUGAUUCCUUGUUUGAGGGCAUCGAUUUCUACACAUCUAUCACACGUGCACGAUUUGAAGAGCUUAAUCAGGAUCUGUUCAAAAAGACCACCGAACCUGUUGAACAGGCAAUCCGCGACAGCAAGAUCCCAGGUGGCAAAGAGUCCAUCCACGACAUUGUGCUUGUAGGAGGGUCAACCCGUAUCCCCAAGAUCCAGAAGAUGCUUCAGGAGCUGUUUGGUGGCAAAGAACUAAACAAGUCCAUCAACCCUGACGAGGCUGUCGCAUAUGGUGCAGCUGUGCAGGCGGCUAUCCUUCAUGGUGACAAGGACGAUACUGUUAAGGACCUGUUGCUCCUUGAUGUGGCUCCCUUGUCCAUGGGUAUUGAGACUGCUGGUGGUGUCAUGUCUGUUCUCAUCAAGCGCAACAGCACCAUUCCCACGAAGCAGACCCAAACCUUCACCACCUACUCCGACAACCAGCCUGGUGUGCUUAUCCAAGUGUUUGAGGGGGAGCGUUCCAUGACGGCUCAUAACAACUUGCUUGGAAAGUUUGAGCUGACUGGUAUUCCUCCAGCGCCACGUGGAGUACCUCAGAUUGAGGUUACUUUUGACAUUGAUGCGAACGGAAUCUUAAAUGUGUCUGCUGUAGACAAGAGCACUGGCAAAGAAAACAAGAUCACCAUCACCAAUGACAAGGGGAGAUUGUCCAAGGAGGACAUUGAACGCAUGGUGAAUGAAGCCAGCAAGUACAAAGAAGAGGAUGAGAAACAACGUGACCGCAUCCAGACCAAGAACAGUCUUGAGAGCUAUGCCUAUAGCAUGAAGAGCACUGUGGAGGAUGACAAAGUAAAGGACAAGAUCAGUGAAGAGGACAAGAAAGCUAUCCUUGACAAGUGCACGGAAGUUCUGAAGUGGUUGGACACUAACCAGACAGCAGAGAAAGAUGAGUUUGAAUAUCACCAGAAAGAACUUGAGAAAGUUUGUAACCCAAUCAUCACUAAGCUGUACCAGCAGGCUGGCGGUGCCCCACCUGGUGCGGGAGGCAUGCCUGGGGGUAUGCCUGGAGGAUUCCCUGGAGGAGCCCCUCCUGCUGAAGGCCAAGAAUCCAGUGGCCCUACCAUCGAGGAGGUCGACUAAACAAAUCCUGUUCCAUUCAUUUAAAAGGCGAAAGCAAAACAGACGAUAUCAAAUCAAUUUCUAUUACCUCAAUUUUGUUCUAGAAUCCGGAAUAUAUAGUAUUCAUGUAUAUUUGUUACGCAUUCACAUGAACUAGACUAAUUGCAUUGACUAAUAAGUAUUUGCUUCUCUAUUUGUUUUGAUUUCUCAUGCCGGUAGAAGCUGGCUAUUUAUUCUCUAUUACCUGUUAUAUGGGUGGUACAGUGUCAAUAAACAUGCUGGUCAUUUUCA